AUGUCAAAAAGUGAAGAGACUACUGAUGGGGAAAAGUCUGGUUAUAAGGUGGAUGAAGCGGCAAAACGACGCUGGCGCUUGGCACGUCUGAUACCACGUCCAUUUGCAGGUAUUGUGCAGGACCUCAAAGACCGGGCGCCCACGUACUGGUCGGACUGGACGGAUUCGUGGGACUACAGGGUGCUUCCUAGCGUGGUAGAGACUUUCUUCAACAAUUUGCUACCAGCCAUAGCGUUUGCGCUGGACAUGUUUGAUCGGACAGAUCAUUCUUAUGGUGUCAAUGAAGUGCUACUGGCCAGCGCGCUGGGCGGUGUGGUUUUCGGGGCGCUGGCGGGCCAGCCGCUUUGUAUCGUGGGCGUAACAGGCCCCAUCUCCAUCUUCAACUACACAAUCUACGAGGUCAUAAAGCCGCUACAGACAAGCUACUUUGGGUUCAUGUUUUGGGUCUGCAUAUGGUCCAUGAUAUUCCAUUUCCUGCUGGCUGUGUUCAACGCUGUGUGUCUGCUGCAGUACGUGUCAACCUACCCUUGCGAUAUCUUCGGGCUUUUCAUCAACGUCGUCUACGUCCAAAAAGGAAUUCAAAUCUUGUCGCGGCAAUUCAACUACGAAGGAACCGAGGAUAUAACCGCAGGGUAUGCCAAUGUGGUCGUCGCGCUGUUGAUGACCAUUUUUGGGCUAUCAGCUAAAAUGGCGGUGCGAACUCCAUUCUUUAAUCAAAAAAUUCGUAUUUUUAUCUCGGACUACUCUACUGCGCUUUCGGUUGUGUUCUGGUCGGGAUUUACGCAUUUUGGAGGCUAUCUGAACGACGUGAAUUUUCAAAAGCUCCCGAUCACCGAAUCCUUUCACCCAACUUCAGACCUCAGAGACCGCGCUACUUGGCUUGCAUACGAGAAAAUUCCUACCAAAGACAUAUUUAUUGCACUUCCCUUUGGUAUCAUUCUGACCAUUUUAUUCUAUUUUGACCACAAUGUCUCGUCCCUAAUGGCGCAACGAUCCCAAUACAAACUUGCCAAGGCUUCUACCUUCCAUUACGAUUUUGCCCUGUUAGGAGUAACUACAGGUGUAAGCGGCGUGCUGGGCAUUCCGGCUCCCAACGGACUGAUUCCGCAGGCCCCGUUGCACACCGAAACUUUGCUAGUGCACGAUGAGAAUGGAAACGUAAUCAGGUGCGUGGAGCAGCGCUUUACAAACACGGCACAGGGCCUGCUGACUCUCGUGAUGAUGUCCCGGCCGCUGCUGGUGUGUUUAGGCGAGAUUCCUCAAGCUGUGCUUUCUGGACUGUUUUUCAUCAUGGGUCUCAACGGGUUGCUGACGAACGCAAUAGUUGAAAGGAUAUGCUACAUGAUCACAGAGCCAUCCAAGAGAGAUCCGACACUUCACUUAAAUGAAAUUCCAUUACGAAAAUUCCUGUUAUUCCUGGCUCUGAGUCUUGCUGGAUUUGCCGCAGAAUUUGCUAUCACGAAUACUGUCGGUGCAAUUGGGUUUCCACUCGUCUUGCUUCUUACAGUGAUCGUGUCGUUGUUUUUCCCCCGAUGGUUUUCGUCUGAUCAACUCUCGAUUCUUGACGCGGACGUCGCAGAAGAAUAUACACUUAAGAAUCUCAAAGCCUCCUCUUUGAAGAAACUACAAGAGAUCUCCACAUAA